AUGUUCACUUCCAACUGGACCUUGCUUCACCCCUCCAAGUUCCUUCUGAUAGGAAUACCCGGCCUGCAACAUGCCCACCUCUGGAUCUCCAUCCCCUUCUGCUGCAUCUACAUGGUCACCAUUCUCGGGAACUUUCUCCUUCUUGGGGUUAUCAAGACUGAGCCGAGCCUCCAUGAGCCCAUGUACCUCUUCCUGUCCAUGCUGGCAGGUGCUGACCUGGUGGUUACGACCACGACUGUGCCCAAAGCCUUGAGCAUCUUCUGGUUCGAAAAUGAGGACAUCCAUAUCAAUGGCUGUCUCAUGCAGCUCUUCUUCCUCCAUGCUUUCUCCACCAUGGAAUCGGGGUUCAUAUUGGCCAUGGCUUUUGAUCGCUACAUGGCGAUAUGCAAGCCCCUCAGACAUUCUGCCGUCCUGACCAAAGAUGUCAUUGCAAAGAUCGGCUUGGCCGUCGUCCUUCGUGGGAUUCUCCUCUUCUCCCCUCAUCCUCUCCUCCUGAAAUGGCUCCCGUAUUGCAAAGGCAACAUCAUAUUUCAUACCUACUGUGAGUUUAUGUGUUUGGUCAAACCAGCAUGUGUGGACACCACAGUACAGAGAUGCUAUGGCCUGGUAGCUGCCUGUCUAACGGGUGGGCUGGAUUUGAUACUGAUUAUCCUAUCUUACAUCCGUAUUUUGCAGGCUGUGUUCAAACUUCCUACCAAAGAGGCCCGGGCCAAAUCCCUCGGCAUUUGCAGUUCCCAUGCAGGGGCCAUCCUGGUGUCUUACUUCCCAGCAUUUUUCUCCAUCCUAACGCACCGAUUUGGUCACAGUGUGUCUCCUUGUGUCCAUAUCAUCAUUGCCAACAUCUACGUCCUUCUGCCACCCAUGGCCAACCCCAUCAUCUAUGGUGUAAGAACAAAAAAGAUCAGAGAAGGAGCCCUUAAAAUCCUGUCACGUUCCUCUGUCCAAGUUCAGAAAGCUGAAUAUAAAUCUUCAAAGGGAGAGAAAUGUUGGGACGCUGCCCCUGCCCUCCCACAUAACUACGGUGCCUCCAGUUUCAGCUUCUUUCCUGAAUAA